AUGUCCAAGGCGUUGCUUGUCGUGUGUCUGACGGUGCUAACUGCCGGCGAGCGUGCCCGCGAGAACUUCGCCCUGGAGCCGGAGGUAUACAGGCCAAGAAAGCCAAGAACAAGCAGACCGACGCGGCCCUUUCCAAAGACUUGCGAAGGUGGCGCGAUUGACCUCCAGGGGGUGUACGAAGUCCUCGAAGACAGUGUCAUCACUGUGACACGAGGGUGCAAGCUGAAGGGAAGUGGUGCAAAAGGGGCAAACAUCCUUCUGCAUGCACACCUCACCUUUGCAGAAGAACCAGGUUCUUCUGAUCAUGAUGGCGUUUCGUUCGUUGGUGCCAUUCGCUUCGUGGGGAUGAAGUCCUUCAAGCAAGCAUGUGUGACUGUGCGUGGCCACCUCGUCAUUGGUGGUGAUUUUGAUGGGGAUCCGGAUGCCAACAUCAAAUUUGUCCGCUGCCACAACCAGGACAGGACGUCUUAUGGCGGGGCCCUCCACGUAGUGAACGGCUUGACGGUGCGAUCCGGGUUCGUGACGAUCCGGGACAGUAGCAGCUCAGCAGGUGGUGGUGGCCUCUACAUUAAAAGCGAGGGGCUCCAUCAACAGGGUGGGAUGAUUCUGCUGCAGGAGUGUAGAUCGGAUGGCUCCGGUGGAGGGCUUUUUGCAAGCGCAGCUACUGGCUUGCAGCAGGAUGCUGGUAACAUCAGCUGCGUAGGGUGUGCUGCAGCUCACCACGGGGGAUGCAUGGCCAUCAACGGCAGUGCAAAGAUCGGCGGCUUCAUGCAUGCAGAGAACUGUUCAGCAGACUCAGGGGGUGCCGUCUCUGUCGCUGACGAGUUGGUGUCGUGGGGCCGCAUGGAAUUCGGUGGGUGCAGAGCCAAUGCAGGCGGUGGCGGUGGACUCCGCGUCGAGUCCGACUUCUUCCAAAAUGCUGGCAUCAUGAAGUUCUGGUCAUGCACUGCAGCAAGGGAUGGAGGUGCGAUGGAUCUUGACAAGAGCCUGCACGCAAGAGGAACUGCAGAGUUCAACAGCUGCCACGCGGAAGGCGAUGGCGGCGCAAUCAAGCUCCAAGACGACCUUCAGCAAGCAGAAGGUGGAAACAUGAGCUUCGGCUCAUGCACCGCGCGUCGGGGAGGUGCAGUGGCAGUUCGCCGACUCGAAGCAUCUGGCAUCAUGGAGUUCCGCGACUGCCAUGCAGCAGAUUCAGGCGGUGCAGCCAUCGUGAAAUCUGACUUCGUUCAGAAUGCCGGACACAUACAGUUUGCGUCAUGCAAUGCCAGAGAAGGAGGUGCCGCGGUUAUCCGUGGUGACCUUGUUUCUGACGGCCGGUGCAGCAUCAACGCUUGCCACGCAGAAGAAGGCUCGGUCCUUGAGGUCUCGGGCGACAUUACAGUCCCGGAGUUUCCCACAGAUUGCCCAGAUGGAGAGCUGGAGUUGUCGGGAAUGUUUGUGGUCGACUGGGUGCCGAGCAAUGAUGGAAACUGCAAGGUCAGGGGCACCGGUGCCACAGUCCUUCUCAAGGAACCUCUUGUUUUUGAAGGAGCUGUUGAGUUCCUCGGGAUGAUCACCUUCAUUGGACUGACGCCCAUGGAUCAAGCCUGUGUGACGGUGCACGGCUCCGUCACCAUUGGUGGCAGUUCGGAUGAAGCAGACAUCCUGUUCACAGGUUGCCACAGCAAGGACAUCAAGUCUGCUGGUGGAGCUCUCCACAUUGUGCAGGGCCUCACUGUCGUCUCUGGUGUGCUGGAGAUUGAGCGAAGCAGCAGCCUCAAAGGCGGUGGUGGGGUUUACAUCGACAGAGGCAAUCUCCACCAACUGGGGGGCAGCAUCAAAAUCAACACCUCCACUUCAGAACGCCACGGAGGAGGCUUGCUGAUCGGCAAUGGCAAGCUCGUCCAGGCAGCUGGGCAAAUCAGCUGCCACAACUGCUUUGCGCGGAACAAGGGGAAGGGGGGAUGCCUGGCCUUGAUGCGUGGUGGCAACUACAGCUUGCAAACGAAUGGCUCCAUUGAAGCGGAGAGCUGCACGGCUUAUGAAGGUGGUGCGCUGUUCAUAAGCGCAGGGCAUUGGGUUUCGUUUGGCCAUAUCAAUCUCAAUCGCUGCCAUGCGCGCAAAGCAGGUGGUGCCGCGAAGGUCCGGGGCAGCAUCUUUCAGAUGAAGGGCACCGUGACGCUUGCAUGGUGCACGGCAGCUUCCUCAGGUGGGGGAAUCAUGGCAACGGGAAGCUUCGUGCAGAAGGAGGGGUGGAUUUCCUGCCAAGCCUGCAGCUCUCUUGAGGCAGGAGGUUGUAUUGCCGUUGUUGACAAGAUCGUCCAGUCCAAGAGCGGCUUUGCCAACUUCACAGCUUGCAGCGCAUCCGGGAAUGGAGGCGCUUUGUUUGCCGAGUUUGGUGCCGUCGUCUUGGGCGGCUCCAGCACUUUUGAGGACUGCAGCUCUACUGGUUCUCCGCGAGGCAACCACGGUGGCUGUCUCUACACCAAGGGCCACGUGAACUUUCAGGGCUUCACCACGUUUACACGCUGCCAAGCUGCUGGCAAUGGUGGUGCCGUGUCAGCUCGAAGUUCAGAGAGUGGCGGGCACAUCGCUUUCAACAACUGCACAGCAGGAUUCAGCGGCGGUGGCCUCCACCUCGAGGCAUCCUUUCAUCAAGUGGGCGGCUCGGCGACCUUCGUCGAGUGUGGGGCCGUCGGUAGAGGAGGUGGCCUACAUGUUGAGGGUGGCAUCAGCCUUGAGGGUUUGAGCACGUUCGAGCGAUGCGGAAGUGGAGGUCACCAAAGACCCAGGUUUGGGGGUGGGAUGCGCGCCAGUGGCAGCGUUGUCAUCUUUAGCGAGGCCGUCGUGAACUUCAAGGGAUGUGCAGCCACUAUUGGUGGAGGCGGUUUGGCGGUGGAUGGCGUUGUGGCAAGCAAUGGAACCCUCGACUUCCAGGAAUGCAAGACCUUCGGUGCGUCUGGUGGCGGUGGUGGCGGAGGAGGUCUGCAUUUACAGGGUGACUUCCGGCAAGGUGGUGGGCAUACCAAGUUCAACCGGUGCCAUGCCACCGGGGGCCCAGGGGGCGGCCUCGCUAUCAGACGCGGUUCGUUGAUACAAACUGCUGGGAUUUUGGAUAUCAUCGCGUGCUCUGCAACCCGCGGAGGCGGAGCAGCUGUGCAGUUUGACGCCCUUCAGCACGGGGGCAAGCUUUCGGUUGCAAAGUGCCACAGCUCUGACGAUGGAGGUGGUCUCCACCUUGGCGGCAACUUCAGGCAAAAAUCCUACUGUGCCGCGGAUUUCUUGGAUUGCACCGCGAACGGUGGGGGCGGUGGCCUGGCAGUACUGGAGUCUGUCUACCUUGCAGGCUCCAGCACUUUCAAGUCGUGUAAAUCCCAUGGAAGCCUUCGAGGCGGAGGUGGCUUGCUUGUUAACGUCGACUUCUUCCAGAAUGGAGGGAAAAGCAGCUUCGAAGACUGCCGGGCCAGAGCCUUUGGUGGUGGACUCCAUGUCCGUCAUAACCUGACAGCUGCCUCCGGGAUCGUGAACUUCUCGCGAUGCAGCGCACUAGGUGGUGGCGGCGCCUUUGUAUAUCUUCAUGUUCAUGCACUUGCCAAUGCAAGCGUGUGCUUGGACAGUUGCACAGCACAAAAAGGUGGGAGUGGUGGAGGUAUGGGCCUUCAGCGUGGAAGCCUCUUCCAGCGCGGCGGCAACAUCAGAUUCUCUCGCUGCGAAGCACCUGGUGGCAAGGGCGGGGGGCUAGCGCUGCUCGAAGGCUCCCUGAAGCAGUUCAGCGGCAGCCUGGGCUUCGAGGACUGCGAAUCUGGCGAGGGUGCUGGACUUUUCGUGGGCCGGGAUGUGCUGAUGGCUGGUGGUCGCAUUACUUUCCGCAACUGCCGAGCCUUGCAAGAAGGUGGAGGUGCCGGAGCCUUGGUGAAGCACGACUUUUUACAACAUGCGGGCGAGCUUCUUGCCGAUUCGUGCAAAGCUAACGGCAACGGCGGUGGCCUGCGCGUCGGUGGGGAUUUCAUUCAGUUAUCAGAGACUUCGGCCCGGUUCACAGCUUGUCGAGCACAAAUUGGAGGUGGCCUUAGUGUCGACGGUUCGGUCAAUGUCAGUGGCUCCAACACUUUCGAAAAGUGUGUCGCUUCCGCGACUCUCGCAGGCGCUGCCGGGGGCGGGGGCUGUCUCUACAGCCAUCAAUCCUUCGCCCAACUUGGUGGCAGAAUAAGUUUUGCUGAAUGUCAGACGCUGAGUGGCGGCGGUGCAGUGCUCAUCGGCAACGGCAGCUUAAUCGCGAAGUCGGGUACAAUGUUGUUCCAUUCCUGCAGUGCUGCCCAAAGUGGUGGAGGGGCAUCCGUGGCUCUUCAUGUUCACAUUCAACCAGAAGCCAAUGUGGUCUUUCGUGCAUGCGACUCUGCUGCUUCUGGUGGAGGUGUCUAUCUCGGAGGCGACUUGAUCCAAGACGGUGGGAGCAUCAGCUUCGACACCUGUCAAGCAUCUGACACCAAGGGUUAUGGAGGGGGUAUUGCGCUUCAGUCAGGCCACCUGCAUCAAGUCACGGGCAGAAUGCAGUUUGUUGGCUGCCGAGCUGCAGCUGGUGGUGGCAUUUGGGUACAAAGGGGCAUGACGAUCGUGGAUGCCGCCAUGACCCUCUCCGGGUGCCAGGCAUAUAAUUCAAGCGUGGGAGGUGGAUGCAUAUACGUCGAGCAAGGCAAUCUGGCUUUGGACGGAAACUUGUCAAUGACGAACUGCAGCUCGUUGGGGUCUGGUGGCGGCCUGUUGAUGGACAGAGGAGGCGUGCACCAGCGAACGGCCGGCAUCUUGACCUUUGAUCACUGCCACGCCCAUGGUGGAAACGGUGGUGGAAUGGCUGCGUGCAGUCUUGUCUCCGAGGGAACUGUAGGGUUUUCAAGCUGUACAGCCUCUCAAGGUGGCGGUGGUGGAGGGCUGUACAUCAGCACGGGCAAUGGCACUAUCCAGCAAGACGCAGGCCACAUGAGUUUUCAGAAUUGCUCAGCCGGGCAAACUGGCGGCGGAUUCUACCUCGGGUCUGCGGGACCUGGAAAGCUCGCGGACGUGUCCUUCUACCGCUGCACGACGGAAGGCAAUGCUGGCACUCUCUAUGCCGAAUCGGACGUUUUGACUGUCUCCAACUUGACAAUCUUGGAGCCCCGCAGUGCAGAUUUCGAUAUUGUUUCACAAGGCUUGCUUAUGUUCAACGGUAUUCACCUGCACAGCAUGAACCAGAAGUUCAGCAUGGGUAUACAAGCCAAGAGCCUUUCUGCCGGUACGGUGAACUGUACGAACCUGAAGUCAUGCAGCCUGGCAGCGCCAGAGCAACUGGUCGCAGACCUCGUGUGCCCAAGGGGCACCGGUGUCAGGGAGGGGAACGGUCUCAAAAGCUGCUCGGAGUGCGACGACAACUACACCCAACCUGCCGGUAGCGCGAAGUGUGUGUCGUGCCCGACACACAACGAGUUUUGCUACACAACCAACUUCAAGAUGUCGACAGGGUACAUGGUGAAGCAAGAAGACAUCAGCUCGACCAUCUUCUGUCCCAAUCCAGCCGCAUGUCCGGGUGGAAUCUCCACUGACUUUUCUACCAUGUGCGCUCCUGGUCAUGGGGGUCAGGCAUGUGCGUAUUGUCAGAAAGGCUAUGCCAUCUCAGACAGAAGCGUUCUACAAUGUGCUGCGUGUGCCACGGAAUGGUGGCAAAAGCUUCUGCAAUGGGCCAUCAUGCUGGCAAAGCAUGUGGUCCCUUUUGCAGUGGCAGCUCACAGCGCGCUGCAAGUCGAGGGUGCCGAAGAGCCCAAGCGCAGUGGCGUGCUGAUCAACCAGCUGAUGUCGUUUGCCACGGUUGCUGGCACCUUAUUGACCGUGGUUGCCCAGACCAGCGCAAUUCGGGAAGCCAAGCAGAAUGCAGCAAGCCUUGGACGGGAUCUGCUCAAUGCAGCUGGUAUUGCAGCCGACUUCAUUUCAGGGCAAGGCUACUUGCAGCACGCGGCUGGCUUUCAGUUCGAACCUGAGAGCUCUGGGGAGCAGACCUUCGAAUGCCCCUUCGUAAAGCAAGAAUUCCACCGCCACGUCGUCCGCAUCCUGAUGGUCUCCGCCUUCCUGGCGGUGUCUUACGUUUGGGUCCGCCUUUCGCUGUCCAAGAAGGACGGACCGAAGCCACCGCUCCACGUGAUCUUCUUGAGCCGGGCCUACCGACAGACGUGUCAACUCUGGGAGUCCGAACGUCUGAUGAGGAAGACCUUGCUCACGCUUGCAGUGUCCGCCCUGCCCAUCACUUCUUCGCCAUCUCUUCAACUGGUCUGCAUUGCAACUAUUGUCAUCGGGUCUCUCUUUCUGCACGCUGCAGUUCUGCCUUACAAGACGAUGAGUUUCAACCUGACGGAAUGCGCUCUCUUGACGGCGGCGGCACUCAUGACGGCUACCGUUACCGGCUUGACCGCUUACGACCACUAUUGGGGCCGCACAAUGCUCGUGGAGUAUCUCAUGAUUUUCUCCGUUGUGGGCGUGGCCACUUUGAUUUGUGCUGCCAUGAUCUUCCUGAUCGUCAAGGAGCUGCAGGGAUUUGGCUGA